AUGGCACCUGUCGAUAGCGAGAAGGGAACCGGAAGCGCCGAUGGCGGCGACGACAAACCAGAGGAGGGCGACUAUGCCACCGGCAUGAAGCUCUUCAUUCUCAUGACCUCCCUCCUCCUGUGCCAGUUUCUUGUUGCCCUGGACAUGAGUAUCAUCGCUACCGCCAUUCCCAAAAUCACUCGCGAGUUCCAAAGUCUGGACCAGGUCGGAUGGUAUGGGUCCGGUUUCCUGCUUACCCUCGCCGGCUUCGUCUCUCUCUGGGGAAAGGCCUUCAAGCAUGCCAGCAUCAAAUGGGUCUUCUUGUUCGCCGUAGUCGUCUUUGAGCUUGGCAGCUUGAUCUGUGGUGUGGCUCAGAACAGCACAACCCUCAUCGUUGGUCGCGCCAUUCAGGGGUUUGGAGGUGCCGGCAUGACAAGCGGAGUCUACCUCAUUGUCUCCGUCUCUGUCGUCCAGAAACUCGUCCCCGCCCUCCUCGGUCUUCUCAGUGGCAUCUUCAGUAUUGCUAGUGUUGUCGGUCCCCUUCUUGGUGGCGCCUUUACAGACCGUCUUAGUUGGCGUUGGUGCUUCUACAUCAACCUCAUCGUCGGCGCGCCCUCCAUCCUCUUCCUCGCUUUCUUCUACAACCCUCCUACCCAUCAUAAGAUCGAGGCCAUCGGCUGGAAGGACUUCAUCUAUACUCUGGACCUCCCGGGUGUCGCCGUCGUUCUUGGCGGGCUGACGUGCUUCAUCCUCGCCAUUGAAUACGGCGGUGUUACCAAGGCCUGGAACUCGGGUACUGUCAUCGGCCUGCUCGUCGCCUUCUUUGUCCUCGUCAUCAUCUUUAUCGUUCUCGAAUGGUAUCAGGGUGACCGCGCCCUACUUGUUGGCCGCCUCAUGAAGCGUAGGACCAUCGCGGCUUGCGCAGUCUUCGUAUCCAUGAUCAACUUCUCCUUCUUCCCCCUGGCCUACAAUCUUCCCAUCUACUUCCAGGCUGUCAAUGGGGUUUCCCCCCUGCAGAGUGGCAUCCGUUUGCUGCCAACUAUCCUGCCCAUGACCCUCUUCAGUCUCUUCUCCGCCCCCGGUAUCGUGCUGGUCGGAUGGUACCAGCCGUGGCUGAUGACCGGUGCAUCGCUCGCCGCCAUUGGAGCCGGCCUCAUCUACAUGCUGGACAUCGACUCAACGAGCGCGCAAUGGAUUGGCUUCCAAUUCGUCGCCGGCGUCGGCACGGGUCUUGCGAUGCAGCCGCCGGUCAUCAUCGCCAACGCCAUCACCCCGAAGCAAGACAACAGCAUGGCCAUGUCGGACGUGCUUUUCUUCCAAUUCAUCGGAGGUACCUUUGGCAUUGGCAUGGCCCAGGCCAUCUUCAACAACGGUCUCAUCAGCAGUCUGCCCGAGCUGGCACCGAUGGUCUCUCCGGCCGAGGUUCUGAGCAUUGGCGCGUACGAUUUGCAGAACGUCCUAUCGGGUGAUGCCCUGACCGGCGUGCUGAAGGCGUAUAUGCGCGGUCUGCACAACGCAUGGGCCAUGAGCAUUGCCGGCGCCGCUGUUGCCGUGUUCCUGCCCUUGUUUGGAGCCUACAUGAAGCUUCCCAAGACACCUCCCAAGAGUUGGGACGAGAAGCCGACCACCGACAAGGUCGACGCGCAGUCUUAAACUUCUUUUGGGGCUCCUUACAGCAGCAAGACCGUCCGUGAAGGACAAUGAGUUGCACAUAGGAACCUAGCAGCAGGAUAAGGGAAGGUUUUCG